CUUCUUACAACUAAUAUAAGAUAGCUACUUGUCCAGUUUUGUGAUUAAAAAUGAAAACAAAAGACAGCAGAUAUUUGUCUGAAAAAGAAUUAUGGUUGUGGUUUCAGAAAGCUAUAUCUGUUCCCAAAUCAUCUUAUGGUCUAAAUUUGAUCUCAUUUCUUUUUUCAGAUUCCUUCAUGAAUCAUGUAUGAAACGCAGGAGUAUGAUAGUCCACCUCAGUACAGUCCACACUACAUUGCCCCAUCAAAUAUGUACACAUCCAGAAGUUGCUACUCUCAAAGAAGCGAGUAUGGCUUAUACUCUUCAGUGCCUGAUGCUCCUCAAACGGAGGGAAACCCUCAGCACUUCUACAGAUGGUUCUCACCACCUGGCAUCGUGAAAACUAUGGAGGGACUGACUGCUCUGCUCUGUUUUGUUAUUUUCGCCUGUGUUGCUUCCACUCUAGUUUGGGAUAUGCACGGCUACGAGGGCAGCAUCGGGGCCUAUGUUGCCGGAUCUGGGGGCAAUGGGAUGGGGUCUGGGUACUAUGGAGGAACUUACGGCUAUCAGAGCUCUUAUAUGACACCCUACUCAGCAAAGGCAGCCAUGAUCUCUAUGGCAGCUCUUAAUUUCGUAGUAUCCUUAGCCAUCCUAGUGGUUAGUUUCUCAAAGACUUGGUGUGUGCGUGGAAAAACGUUUUACCUAACAGUUUUGGUGGUGGAUGUGGUUCUGGCGAUUCUUCAGUGUAUUAUAGACAUCGUAUUCGUCAUUGGGGUGAAUCCCAUGGCCCAGAGUUCACAAAGCAUCAUGUACAACCCCAUCCUGAUGAUGUGUCAGACCUCAUUAGGGACUCCCAGCAUCAGUGCCGGAGCCGGCACAGGCUUCCCAGGUGCAUAUCCGUCCUUUAAUCGAUAUCUUCAUCACUACUGCUUCAUGGAUCCCGAGGAGGCUGUGGCUCUGGUAUGUGGGCUGUUUGUCAUGAUUGCCCUGGUUGUUGCAUCCUAUUUUGCCUAUAAGACUCGAAGCAAAAUAUGGCGUCAUGGCAAACCUAAUAUCUACUGGGAGGAACCGCCUAUCCUCAGAACAAACAGGAGCCAGAAUUCACAAAACUGGAACACUUCAACCCAAAUAUUCAGA